AUGUCGAUUAUUGCUCUUUCUCAUCAAGUGCGGGUGGCCCUGCAAGAGUCAGCAGAUGCUGAGGGCGUGUUGGCUCAAACAUUGGCUGCUGUGGAUGAAUUCGUAGUUGACUGUUGCUCUUCGGACGAACCUGAAGUGCUGCUCUUUCACUUGGAAGAAGACUUACAAAACAUACACAACGAGGCCGUGGAUCAUACAUCUCUGUACCACACUGAAGUGUUUCUUGCUUUACUCUAUCACCUUCGUCCUAUCAUCUCAUCAACAUCAAUAAUCUCGACUUGGUUUGACCUUGUUCUCCGCCCUGCUCUGCGAGAACCUAGGUUACCUACAAUUGCUCUAAACCAUGCCACAGAACUAAUCAUACAUGCCGCCGAAAAAGUGGACGAGCGGUAUCCAGAGAAAGUUGGAGAAUUUCGCCGAAGAUUACUGGACUUGUAUUUAUUAGAUGCAUAUAACGAGGGGUCAGGUGAAGAUAUCUUGGAAUGGGCCGAGUUGAGUCAGGUGCAAAGGGAGAAGAAAUCUCUAUGGAAAUCUAAUUUAGAAGACAUUCUGGUGAAAUUUGGACUGCAGCAACCACAGGAGCUAAUGACAGAAAUCAAUGAAUGUUUCGCUACACCAUCAUCUCGCCUGCAACUGCUCAUCCUGCUGAACUAUUACACAUCACAGGAGAAAUUCCGAUCUCCACUUGUUUUAGCAAAUCACCCACUUAUUUUCAGCCUUCUUUCAUCUCUUCUUCUGGAUAACUCUUCAACCAUCUGUACAAUCGGUCUUACCGUCCUGGUGAAAUUACUUCCUAUCUUUGCUGUUGAGGCAUGCGAUAAUUUGAAAUCUAUUCUUCCUCAACUAUUGGCCAUUCUUGCUCGGAUUAUUUGCUGGAAGGAGCGGCCAGUCUCAGGACUUAGUACUGAGGGACAAGGCGAUGAAACACAGGUCAGUGAGGAAGUGGACGCUGCACAAGAUCUUGAAGAACCCUCUACUGUUCUUCAACUUCACCCUGAGCUCGAUUGGAAGCGGCUCGAGUUGACGUUUAAUGCAGCGCGCUCGUCCGCCCCUCCUCCCGAGAACUUCUUCUCCUGUCUUUACUAUUUAUUUCCCUCCAACCUGUUUCGAUUUCUUCGCGGUCCCGCAAUAUAUCUCAAGAAUAACGGGUUUGAUUCCCCGUAUACUGUCAACUGGGAAGAGGCUCUUGACGAAGAUAACAUCCGUAGCAGAUUCGAGUCACUUCUUCGGGGACGCGUUGUCAAUUCACGAGUUAUAUGGCGUGACGCCACUGAGGAGCUCAGUCAACCAAACAUUUGGGAACGAUACGACGUUUCUCGCAUCUCAAGUGAAUGCUCGAUGCUCGAUGUUCGCAAUGCAGUUUUAGGCAGUCACCAGGAAUCACCCGAGAUUUCCACCAUGAAAUCAACCGUUUCCUCCAGCUUGCUCCUAGGCGAAGACGAAACAUCUGUUCCGACCCCCCACCCAGGUGUCGUGGAGCUGACUGUGAAGAAACCACGCAUCUCUCUUCAAGACAUGAUCACGACUUCUGUUGCACUAAAAUCUAAUCUAGAUGUAGAGAUCGAGCAGCCAUCGUCACAAUGGUCGUCUGUGCUUUUCCCUCCCAGCACCAGCUCCCCUUCAAAAGGAAGCGUUCAAUUACCUUCAGAGUCAGAAGUGGUAUCUGAAAGUGGACACUUACCGACACAUGUUGCAGAAGCGAUCUCAGCUUUGCAACGUGAAGUCAUCUUGUUGCGAAAUGAAUUGAAUUUCGAACUUUGGCUGUCGCGCGAGAACAUGCAGCAUAUUGGCAGGCUAUAUCAAGAUCGUAUACUAUCCAAGAAUGCGGAAGCUGAGAGGCAAGGUUUAUUUAAUAAGCUUCGCCAGUACAGGGCUCAAGUUCAAAGCCUUGAACGAGAAUUGAAAGAGCACAAAGCACAAUCGUCGUCAGCCAGAAACAAAUAUGCAGACUGGAACACCGAGUUACAGAAGAAGUUGCGCGACUUCCGAGAGGAGAAAAAGUCAUGGGUUACAGAAGCGGCUGCAUUACGAAGUGCAGAAAAAGAAGCUAAAACUGCGUUCGUAGCUCAAGGGAAGCUACUUGCAGAUGCCACGAAAGAAGUUUUCGAGCUCCAAACUCAGAAGAAAGAAAAUCAGCACAAAAUUGAUCGACUGCACGAUUAUGAGCGGCAGAUCGAGCAGCACAUAAAGAUGCAGCGGUUAUGGGAUUCGGAUUUCGAAAAGUUCAAUCAGCGCGCUGAAGAAAUGCAGUCAAUGAUAACUGAGUACAGGAAGAUGGAAAUACGUCUCGAGUGUUACGAGAAGACACAAAGUGAGAUGAAUGAUAAUGCUCGUUGUUAUCGUCGCCAGAUACAAGCUCUUGAAGCUCGUUUGACUCUCGUGCAGAAAAGGAACGAAGCAUCGCGACAUUUACCUCCGGCCGAGAUUGCGGCGUUCAUUGCUGAAAAAUCUGCACUCAUGAAGAUGAACAAGGAGCUCCGAGAUGAGAAUGCGGAUCUCAGGGACGAAGUGGAAGAGAUGAUGGCAAUGCUAGAAGUGCUCAAAGCUCAGAUCAGUGGACACCGAGGCUUGAUAUCUGAGCCUCGAUCCAGCCCGACGUUAUCUUCCAGCUUGCCGAUGCCAUUUUAACUGCUUCCACAUAUUACCUGUAUCCGGAUUACAUUGCGGUAUUUUCAAUGUUUCAAUGUACAUGCU